AAUGCUGAGCUGAUUUAAAUCUGGCGUCCUGGUACACCACGGUCGUUUCAGGAUUGUGGGAGGCUUUUUUUAUGGCUUCUUCCUGCCCUCUGUACUUGAACGUGAGCUGGGAACCGCCCCCUUUGUUUUUAAUGCCUGAAGAACUUUUGUAUUGUACGUGUGUAAUUGCAACAUAGAGGUUAUCAGGGAGGAACCUGGAGGUUUUGACAGACGAGUAGGAUGCAGAUGAGUUGAUGGCUCCUAGAGGUGUAGGAGGCAAGGGUUGGUUUUGGAUUUUUUUUCUGUCAAGUUAGAGGCAGUUGAGUCAGAUUUUACACUGGAGAGGGAAUAUUUGUGGUGGUGAAAGAGCAUAGUACCCCAGCAACAAAAUCCUCGACACCAAGAGUGCCUGCAUCUGCCUGCUCCAGCGUCAGCCACUACUGUGAACAUCUGCGCAUAAGCGUGUCAGCUAAAAUGAUAAGUAGUGUAUUUCUGUUAAAUGUAAUCACCAGUUGGUUUCAAAGUUAAUGCCCCUUCGGAGCUGUUUUAUUCUUAGCGGCAUAGUUUCAGGUCUGCCGGCUUGGGAAGACAUCUCUGCAUUGAUUCGUGCUCUGUUCGCAUUGAAGGGUUUGCAAUGAGAAGGGCAAGCAGUGUGAGCACGAGUGUACUCUUUUGUGUGUGACAGCUUACAUUCUGCGGGCUGAGUUUUUGACAGACAGUAGAUUCCAUGUCACCUCUCUUGGCUGCUGAAAUGCAGAAUGUAUGGGGUGCUGGGUAUGACAGCUGAAAGCUAAAAAAAAAAAAAAAUGGUUUGGGGGGUUUAUCUUAGAAUCCCAGCAGCUAUGAAAGCCCCAUUAAAGAUUUAUUAUGCUUAUAGAAGGUGACUUAGAAAUCUAACAAAGAAAAAGGAAAGGCUUUGUGGGCACCUCUCCAAGCACCUCCUUUUCUUUUACGAGUUUACAAGAUGAGUGUUAAAUCCAUGUGGCAUGAUCUUCCUGGUGACAUAGCCCAUAGAUAGCAUAGUGCCAGUUCAGUCUGAAUCCUGACUCGGGAGUGUCAGAACUCAGAUUUUAUUCUCUCCAGAAUCCAGUAUAUGUGUAUUUUAUUUCCAAAGAAACCUACAAUCUGUCUGAGUGUUUUGUGCAACUAAAAAUGCAGGCAGUUAAAGCUUAGAGUGCCUAAAUGAUAUUGUCUGUUUGUCCCUUGUCCUUUUGUGGGGUUCUGUGACCUUCCAUUUCUGAGCAACGUAAGAGAUGUGGAGGAAGGCUGCGGCAGCAGCAUUAGGUCUGUGUAACUGUUUCAUGCUCCUCCUUGAAAUGAAGUGAGCUGUGCCAAGAAGAGUAUUGGCUUUUAGUACCCCUGACCUUCCUGCAUCAUUCAUCAACCAAAUCGCCCAGCCACUGACCUCUCAUUAUGUCCAAGUUAAAGAGCUCUGAGUCCGUCAGGGUCGUGGUGCGAUGCCGUCCAAUGAAUGGCAAAGAGAAGGCAGCUUCGUAUGACAAGGUUGUGGAUGUGGAUGUCAAAUUGGGGCAAGUAUCGGUGAAGAAUCCCAGGGGAACAUCUCACGAACUGCCUAAAAUGUUCACAUUCGAUUCUGUCUAUGACUGGAACUCCAAGCAGGUUGAACUCUAUGAUGAAACUUUCAGACCUCUGGUGGACUCUGUUCUGCAGGGGUUCAAUGGGACUAUUUUUGCAUAUGGGCAGACUGGGACAGGGAAAACGUACACAAUGGAAGGAAUACGUGGUGAUCCUGAAAAAAGAGGAGUCAUCCCCAAUUCAUUUGACCACAUCUUCACCCACAUCUCUAGAUCUCAGAACCAGCAAUACCUAGUUAGGGCUUCUUAUUUGGAAAUAUACCAAGAAGAAAUAAGAGACUUAUUAUCAAAGGAUCAGUCCAAAAGGCUGGAGCUGAAAGAAAGACCAGACACUGGUGUGUAUGUGAAAGAUUUGUCCUCUUUUGUCACAAAGAGUGUCAAAGAGAUAGAACAUGUCAUGAAUGUGGGGAACCAAAACCGCUCUGUUGGUGCUACUAACAUGAAUGAGCAUAGCUCCCGUUCCCAUGCCAUUUUUGUGAUCACUAUUGAGUGCAGCGAGUUGGGACUUGAUGGGGAAAAUCACAUCCGUGUAGGAAAACUCAACCUGGUGGACCUUGCAGGUAGUGAACGCCAAGCCAAGACUGGAGCCCAGGGAGAAAGGUUGAAGGAAGCUACCAAGAUUAACCUCUCCCUUUCAGCUUUAGGCAACGUUAUAUCUGCCCUGGUUGAUGGCAAAAGCACUCACAUUCCAUACCGGGACUCAAAACUUACAAGGCUGCUUCAAGACUCGCUAGGUGGCAAUGCCAAAACUGUGAUGGUAGCCAACAUAGGCCCUGCCUCUUACAACGUAGAGGAAACUCUUACUACUCUACGAUAUGCCAACCGUGCCAAAAAUAUCAAGAACAAACCAAGAGUGAACGAAGAUCCCAAGGAUGCACUGCUACGAGAAUUCCAGGAAGAAAUUGCUCGGCUCAAGGCACAGCUGGAAAAACGAUCUGUUGGCAAAAGAAAGAAAAGGGAAAGGAGAAGAGAGGGUGGGGAAGAGGAAGAGGAUGAUGAUGAUGAUGCAGAAGAGGGUGAGGAUGAAGGUGAUGAUAAAGAAGACUACUGGAGAGAGCAGCAAGAAAAGCUGGAGAUUGAAAAGAAAGCCAUUGUGGAGGAUCACAGCUUGGUGGCUGAAGACAAGAUGAGACUGCUGAAAGAGAAGGAAAAGAAAAUGGAAGACCUGAAGCGAGAGAAGGAAGCAACUGAAAUGCUGGGUGCCAAAAUCAAGGCAAUGGAAAGCAAACUCCUUGUUGGAGGGAAAAAUAUUGUGGAUCACACAAAUGAACAGCAGAAAAUCCUGGAGCAGAAACGGCAGGAAAUUGCAGAACAGAAACGCCGGGAGAGAGAAAUCCAGCAACAGAUGGAAAGUCGGGAUGAGGAGACACUGGAGCUAAAGGAGACCUAUAGUUCCCUGCAGCAAGAGGUGGACAUCAAAACUAAGAAACUCAAGAAGCUAUUUUCCAAGCUGCAGGCCGUGAAGGCAGAGAUUCAUGAUCUCCAGGAAGAGCACAUUAAAGAGCGACAGGAACUGGAACAGACCCAGAACGAGCUCACCAGGGAACUGAAGCUGAAGCACCUGAUUAUUGAAAACUUUAUUCCUCUGGAGGAGAAGAACAAGAUCAUGAACAGAUCUUUCUUUGAUGAAGAGGAAGACCAGUGGAAACUGCAUCCUAUAACCCGGCUGGAUAACCAGCAGAUGAUGAAGAGGCCGGUGUCAGCAGUGGGCUACAAGAGGCCUUUGAGCCAACAUGCCAGGAUGUCCAUGAUGGUUCGGCCAGAGGCCCGGUACAGGGCAGAGAACAUUGUACUAUUGGAGCUUGACAUGCCCAGUCGAACCACGAGAGACUAUGAGGGCCCAACCAUUGCUCCUAAAGUUCAGGCUGCUCUAGAAGCAGCUUUGCAGGAUGAAGAUGAGAUACAGGUGGAUGCUUCAACCUUUGAGAGCACGUCAAAUAAAAAAUCAAAAUCCAAGCCUAAAACUGCAAGGAAAUCGGGGGGCUCCUCUUCCUCAAGCACCUCUGGAUCUCAGCUCUAUCCACAGUCCCGAGGGCUGGUUCCUAAGUAAAACCAGCGAUUCCUCUCCAGGGCGUGAACAGCUUUUGCCUUCUGAGAGCAGAGACAAGUAAGAACCUGCAGAGAAGACUCUCAGCCAAACUCCAAGCCCUUUUCCCUGGGGACAGCCUCCUAGCAAUUGAACUGACUUGUGUCAAACGUGCCAGUCCCAGGUGUGCUGAACCCUGCAGGAAGAUACUUGCUCACAAUCUAGCGAUCAGCCCCUAUGGGAUACAGAGUUUAGUUAGGAAAUCAGAAAUGCAUGAGUGUAUUAGAAGCAAUGGGAAGCAUGGGGAUCACCUCACAGCGUCGCCGUCUCUCCUUCUGUUCCAGCCCUUUUGCUGCACUGGGCUCUCUUGCUGUUGGGCAACAACAGGACAGAGUUGCAAGUCAUCUCAAGAGAAGCAGCCCUUCGGAACCUCUGAGUGAAAAUGUGAGGGGGUUAAAAACUGGAGGGCGUAGCUGAGCUUGACUAGGUGCAUUGUUUUCCUCUUUCUGGUGAAAGACUAACAUUGUCCGGGGUUAGAGGUUGGAUUGAACAACCUUGAGAAGAGCAGGAUUGAAGAUCUGUCUUUGUUCACCUGGCAGCCAGACAGAUCUGCCUCCCUUUAGAACUGAGGGUCUUGGAAGCAUAUUUAUGCUCUCUAGAAUGAAAGCAAUAGAAACUGAAGUCUUCUACCUGUUUACACGCAUCAGUAAGAAAGAACUGUUUGACAUGACCUACUAAACACCUCAACCCCUACUCACAGGAACCACCUUGUCAGAGAAUGUGUCAGCUUACCAGUGACAGCUCCAUAGUAGCUCCCUUCCUCUCUCUUCUCUGUCCCAUCCCUGGCAUUUGAAGCCAGCAUUUACACCAAGGCCCUAAAUCCUGGGGUGCAUACGGCCAUUUCCUCAGCUCUACCAGCAUUCGUAGGAAAUAUAUAACUGGCUUGAUGCGCACAUGGCUGGUUCUGCCCGCCACUGUGACAGGGAUGGGAUCUGGAGCACUUUGAGGCAAAACCAGAUCUGCUCUCUUCUGGUAUGUGUGGAGCCUUCCUCUGGGUGUACAAGGGAGUUCAGUGCAGGCGCUGCCUUUUAUGUCUCAUCCUGUUCCAACUGAAGAGCAUUUCCACUUGUCACUUCUAAGCCUCCUCGAAUGCAGUGUGAAGGGUUGGGGAUGAGGGCCUGUGUCAUCUAAGGUCUCAGGAGAGGGAAUCUGAUCUUAAUUCCAGGGAUGGUACACCGAACACGAAGAAGAAAGAAGUCCUGCUUUAGAUGGUCUCUUUCCAAAGCUGCCCUAUGACUAAAGUAGGCUGUUGUAAUGCUGCAGGCCAGUGUGGCCCAGUAGGGAGAAGGGAGCUGCCGUAUUGGACGGGCUCAGAAGACAGAGUAAGGUGUUCCUGUCUGGUGUGUCUCUGUUCAGUUUGUAAGUUUUAGUUCACUGUAUAUUGAGAUUUGGGCUGCUUCGUUUUUCAGUUGCUGUUGACUGUCAUCCUGUGUAUGUUUGUACCUGUUUCUUCUUCCUCACAGACAACCUCCCCCAAGACCGACUGGUGCGUGUAUGAGAACUUGCCUGUUUUUAGAAAUAUUCUCAUGUAUGAAGUCUACCUUGUGUCCUUGUCUACCUAAGUGUCCAUUGACUGCCUCUGUCCAGGCUGGAAAGCUCCAUUGUCUGACCCCCCUGAGCAGAAGGGCAGAACGCUUUCUCCGCGGAGCUCACCUCUGCAUCUUGCGGGCACGGUGCCUCGGUGAGUCAGCUGCUCGGGUGGACCCAGGGUUAAGUACUAACUCAGCUGCUUUGAUUCAUGGAGUGUUUUUUCUGGGUCAGGAUAAAAUUAAUAUAUAUACAUUUUAAUUUUGGUGGGGAAAGGAGGGGUUUGCUUAUGAGUGAGGGAGCAGACGUCGGGUUUCUGUUAGCCUGCCAUAAACUUCCGUUUUAUAAGCCACUCUGUCUGUACAAGGAGUCUGUACAACUGGCUCUUGUGGUAUAAUACAGUGUCACGUUCUCUCUCCUUCCCCUUUCUCUCUGGCAUAUAAUCUUCUCUGAGACUGUGUAGUUUAAGCACUCAGAGCACUGAUGUAAAGUAAAUAGUUGCCCAACUUUAGGUAGUCAGAUAGAUAUGCGAUAUAUCUGUGUGUCUUCAGCCAGUAUGAUUUUAGUGGGUUUCUAUCUGAAACUUGUCAACUGAGAAUAUUGCUUGGGUCAGGAUUGGCGCAUUAGAAAUCAGAGCCCAAAUUCAACCUGUUCUGCUUUUACUCUUAAUAGGCGAGAUGGUUGAUAUGUCAGAAAGCCCUGCUUUUAAGUUCCAGAAAUAGUUUAUCAAGGCGAGAGAAAGGGAAUGAGGUGGACAGAUUUUAAAAUUGCGUCUUCAGUCACAGUAUUUAAAUUGGAACAGUGGGUAAAGACGUGGCUGGUGAAUGUACUCGCAAACAAUCUCAGAUGGCUGCCAAAGCUUUUGGCCUCUCACACUGACUGAAUUACCCCUUGACCAGAUCCUCGGUGGCACUGAUAUUAGGAUGAAAUGAAUGCAUUGUCUUAAACUGUACAAAAUGUGUAAAUCUUGUGUUGACGUGACCCCUCCAGGUCUGUGCCUCUCUGCAGCAUGUGGCUAUUGUCCGAACCAUCUGGGCUUCCUGCAGGUAAACAACCAAAGAUGACAGGAAAUUUGCCCAGCUCCUGGAUGAGGUCCUAGGAGAGUGUGUGCAAUCAUAGUCUCUUCAUAGGAGUGUUUUUACAUCCUUUCAACCUUUGCUCUGAUCUGUAUAACUGGGUCCAGUUCUGUUUCUCCAGCUAGGCACAGUAAAGCUCUUCUGUUCCAGAGUCAAAUACUACGCAAAGCAAAACACGCAGGAAUGAAAGCACUUUCUUAAAAUCCUGAAUAUAGGUCCGAUGCAUGCUGCUUCCGCCUUCUAAAACACAUACUUCUGCUUUAACCUUUUGAAUGGUAAUGAUGCAUUAUACAGAUCCGACUUCUGGGUCAAUACAGAUCUCUCUGUCUAGCUGUAGUAAGCUCCAUCACUGAACCACUGAUCCUUUGCCAAGUUUCAGAGAAGCACUGAUUGCUGUGACUGUGGACGUCUUCUCUACCCUGUCUUUCCACCUCUUGUGUCUGACCAUAAAGCCAGGGCUUAAUUAAGAGGCCUGGCUCUGUUUCUGCAGUGUUAAAUGUGCAAAUUAGAAGAACAUGCCUGCACAAUGCUAAAGCCAUAACCAGGUGCUCAGAUGGAACUGAACAAGAGCAGUGGUGCCUGUUUGCUCUGCACUGUACAGUGGUGGUUUAACUCCCUAUGGUUUAGGCACUUACUUCCCUUCCCUUCCCUUCUUUGGCCCCGUCUCUCCUGUUUCUGGAAUGAGGUGCCUGUGAGUGCUCGUGGGCACACCUAUCUUUUUUGAAAUUUCACAGCUCCUUGGAGACACACUGAUCUUAACCUUCUCUUAGGUGACGUGUAGGCAAAGAACAUGUCAAUAGCUCUGUCCAUAGGUUUUACAGCUUAUAUUUAUUUGUAUCAUCUCUUUUGUCUAGGAAUGUAAAAGUGAUCCUAAAAUAAGAUGUGUAAUAAAAUCAAUCAGAUUUAUUGUAUCUA